AUGGAUAAAGCCCUCUUAGCACUUUCUCUUAAAGAUGAUGAUGAUGUGCCCUUCACUCUACCUGAUCUUCCUCAGUAUUAUUUUUCAGAAAGAAACGCAUGCAGUCUCAUCGGCCGACUACUCAACCCAGAAUUUCAGAAUAUGGCUAAUCUGAUCCUGGACAUGCCUCGGAAAUGGCAAAAAGUGAAUCGUGUUAGAGGCAUCGCUCUUACUAGGGAAAUAUUUCAGUUCAUAUUCACACAUGCACAUGAUCUUCAAGAUGUUCUAGACAAAGGCAUGCAGACCUACAAUGACUGGGGACUGGCUUUAGAAAGAUGGGUUGAAAGACCGCCGUUUGGUUAUCUACAGUUUGUCUCAAUCUGGGUAAGAAUCAGCAAUAUCCUAGUCAACCACUACACGGCGCCAGCAAUAACGGAACUUGGUGAGUUGAUUAGCCAUGUAGAACUCGUAGCCUUUGACCCUGAAAAAUCGCAGAGACAAGAUUAUGUUCGUGUGAAGAUCCGUAUUGAUGUCUCCAAACCUCUUAAGAAAUCAAGGACUCUGAACCUCCCUGGUGGAGAUCAAACAACUAUCUUCUAUUUUUAUGAAAAAGUUCAAAAGAGGUGUACUCACUGUCAAAGGCUUACACAUGCAAAGCCUAGAUGUCCUUUUCUGGUUAAUAAUCCAAGCAUGCAAGAAGCUUCUGCGAGUAAUCAUCAUCAUCCUCAGUCUUCAAAGAUUCAGCCGUUCUUAUCAGAAGAUGAUCCUCUCUUUGGAGAUUUAAAAGAGGACCAAGUUGGCAUCAAUCCUUUCUCAGGUCGUCCUCGUAUUGAUCCUGCAGUUCUUCAAGAAAUGCGUAACUAUCUACUCGCCUCUAGCAAGGAAGAUAGACACGUCAGAGAACAGAGAGUUAUUUUCUCUGUUAAAGAAGCAGAACAAAAUCCUAUCUCUCAGAAGAUGACGCUUCAGCUUCUAUCUCCUCUAAUCUUUACAACAGACAUCGACAAAGGAAAAGGAAUUGUUUUUGAUUUUGGCAAAAAUCAUUACAAUCCCAAAGACUCAGUGUUCAGCCCUCAGACGCCUAAACUAAUGGAGUCAGCAAUAGCAGCGGGUCACUCUUUGGUUAACUCUACAACCAAUGUUUUCUGUAGACUCGAAUUGCCAUCCAACCAAGCUUCAUCAAGUCAGAUUCAACUAUCUAGUGUUCCUUUUGCUGGUUUCUCGAGCCCGACAUUAAAGAAGGAAAAACCUAAGAGAAAACCAGGAAGGUACAAAAAAAUUCCCAUCUCUCAGAGGAAAACAUCGAAGUCAGAGACAAAGAAGCAAGACUCUGUAGCUGUUGAUCAUGGUCUCAACAAGAAACGCAAAGCGGAAGAUGAUUUGGCCGGUGCAUCCAAGGCUGCUAAGCGCAUUGCAUCAGAGAUGGUCCCAAAGGAGGGACCGUCCAAAGCUUAA